CACUGUGAAAUAACUCACACGCCGCUACUUCGUUCGCCGAGACACACGUGUCAGUUAUAGCUAAAUCUUAUAAUGGUUAUAAUACAAGUAAAACAGGGUCUACUGGAAGGGGAGAAGUUAAAGAAUGUUACUGAAGAUGGAUUUUAUUAUAGUUUCAAGGGUAUACCGUACGCGGCGCCUCCGUUGGGAAAGUUGAGAUUUAAGGCACCGCAGCCGCCGCUCUCUUGGGAAGGCGUAAGAAAAGCCACAGAACAUGGACCAAUAUGUCCUCAACUAGACAUAUUUACUGGUAAGAAACUACCUGGAAACGAAGAUUGUCUAUUCCUCAACGUAUAUUCUCCAGAUAUCAAACCAUCGAAACUAUUACCUGUUAUGUUUUAUAUCCAUGGAGGUGGUCUUAAGAGCGGAUCAGGCAAUGAUGACCAUUAUGGACCAGACUUCCUCGUCAAUCAAGGAGUUGUGUUAGUAACUAUCAAUUAUAGAUUAGAAGCUCUUGGAUUUCUAUGUUUGGAUACAAUAGAUGUCCCUGGUAAUGCGGGAUUAAAAGAUCAAGUUGCUGCUUUGAAGUGGGUGAAUGAAAAUAUAUCGAAGUUCGGCGGUGAUCCUCACAACAUUACAGUAUUCGGUCAGAGUGCUGGAGGAAUGUCCACUAUUUUACACGUUCUAUCGCCACUAUCAAAAGGCUUAUUUCAAAGAGCUAUCGUAAUGAGUGGAUCACCAUUCUGUGAAUGGGCCCUACCAUUUGAAAAUAGAAGAAGAGCGUUUGUACUAGGAAAACAAUUAGGCUUAGAAACGGAGGAUCCUGAAGAGCUAUUAGAAUUUUUACAAAAUGUUCCCGUCGAUAAGCUCGUCGAUGUAAAUCCAAUUGUGUUAGGUUUUGAGGAAAUUUAUGGAAAUUAUCUGAAGCACUAUCAUUUCACAGCGGUCGUAGAAAAGAAUUUUGGUCAUAACGCAUUUCUACCAAACAAACCCGAGGAAAUAUUGAAAAGUGGAAAUUUCAAUAACGUUGAUGUAAUUUUUGGUUAUACAAGUGAAGAAUGUAUCAUUGGUUUAAUGGACAAAAGGGUAAUAUCAACAUAUUAUAAGUAUGACGAUUUAUUUGUCCCUAAACAAAUAUUAUGUACUAGUACACCAAAUACUAUUUUAAAAACGGCGGAUGCUAUAAAGAAGCACUAUUUGACUAAAAAUGGAGAUAAAACACUACAAAAUAAAGAAAUUAUUAGGUAUUGGUCUGAAUGUACCUUUGUAUACCCCAUUCUAAAGCUCUUACGACUCCACGCAGAAACAAAAAAGUGCAAGACUUAUUUCUAUAGAUUUUCAUCAAUAUCAGAGAGAAAUGUUAUGGGAAAUCUGGGAAAGGAAUUCGGAGUCACCGGUGCAUCCCAUUUCGAUGAUUUAAUGUAUUUGUUUAAUGCAAAUAUAAUGAAUCUUCCAACUGACAAAAAUGCGGAAAGUUUCAAAAUGAUUGAACAAUUCUGCCGCCUGUUUACAAACUUUGCUAAAUAUGGGAAUCCCACACCAGAUACAUCACUGGGUGCCAUUUGGAAAGAAUAUAACGAUUCAAACAAACCAUAUUUGGAUAUUGCUGAUCGUUUAAUACCAGGGAAUAAUCUUAAUGAUGAUGUCUUCGAAUUCUGGGAAGAGAUUUUCAAGUCAGCUGGCAGUCCCAUUUAUUUACAAUCAUAAUUUAUUAUUAAACCAAUCAAAAAUAUAUGACAACAAAAGUACUUCAUUAUCUGUAUUGAUGUAAUAAUCUUCAAUCUAAAUGAGCACCUAACGAUACGUUUGCAAGCUAUAACUAAAGUUAGCUCUUUUUAUAUUCAUAUUUAUAAUGUUACUAUUUAUAUGGGAAUAAAUUUAAUAAAAAAAUGUAAUAUAUUAAUUAUAAAUUUAUUAUAUGUGUUAUAUAUAAGAUAAUUUUAAGGCAAUUAGGCGAAAUAAUAAACUUGGUGUGUUUCUCAGUAAAAAACAAA